GUUAAUUUCAAUCUAACGUUGCGAAACCCUUUUUAUUUAACAAGGUCCCGUCGAAGGUGGAUCCCAUUAUUACGUAGUUUAACCAGUUCCAAGGAUCCUAGGCGCUAGUAAGGACGUGAAGCACCAUUUCACACAUAACUGAACUCAAAUUCUCUCAGCUGUUAAUGAUAUCUCGCCGUCUCUGAAUUGGUUCGAGGAUGAAAUGCGACUCUAUAGCAUGUAUCUGGUCAGGCGCCCCUCUGCUUCACAGAGUCACUGCCACUGCCGUAUUGAAUCGACCUCCGACCCUUUACACUGGUGGAUCCGAUGGCUCUAUCAUCUGGUGGAACCCCUCUGUCAAUCAAUCCAACAGGGAAAUUUGGCCUGUGGCCAUGCUAUGUGGCCAUACUGCGCCUAUUGCGGACCUUGACAUCUGCUCGCCCGUUGCAGUUGGUGUCCAUGGAGAAGUGGAGAAAUCAAGUAAUGUAGUUGCAAACUCUUCCUCAGCUGGUUAUGGUGCACUAAUAAGUGCUUGUACUGAUGGUGUGUUGUGCAUCUGGAGCAGAGGCAGUGGGCACUGCAGACGCAGGAGGAAAAUGUCCCCUUGGGUUGGGAGCCCGUCCACAAUUCGGACAUUACCUGGUUCCCCUAGAUAUGUUUGUAUUGCGUGCUGCUGCACAGAUUCCGUUCAUGCAUCCCAUCAUCAGUCUGCUGAUCCCGCUGAAGGGGUCGAGGCUUCUGCUGAUCAGGAAUACCAGUACAAAAAGGAUUUGAAGUGUGCUGUUGUCAUUGUUGAUUCGUAUUCUCUUAGCAUUGUCCAGACUGUCUUUCGUGGGAGUUUAUCUGCUGGGCCAUUGAAGUUCAUGGCUGUUAUUCCAUCAAUUGAAGAUAGGGACAAACAAUCCGUGUUCAUGGUUGAUGGACUUGGUAUAGUGCAGUCGGUUAUUGCGUCCAAGGAGUCUGGCCCCGAUGGGGAAGGUGGAUCAGGUUUACAGAGAAGUUCUUCACAUAUAGGAAUGUCUAGUUGGGAGGAUGAAUUUGGUAAGGGAGUUCAGGGAAUAUCAAUUGCAACCCGUGGAAAUCUCUUAGCCCUCGUAUAUAAGACAAACUGCAUAUUUAGGCUAGUGACUGGGGGGAAUUCUAUUGGUGAGAUAUCUUUAAUCGAUACUCCUCUUUGUGAUGAAGGUAUUUCCAGUCAAUCACAUCUUGUAGGGGGCAUGUUCCUUGAUAUUGGUGGGAGGGAUACAUUGGAUAGGCAGGAUCCACCUGAAGCAUUUUCAGAAAACUUUGCUGUAUGGAGUAAUAGAGGUGCUGUAUUAGUGUAUACUGUAUCAGGUUCAAGCAAUACAUUUAAGUUUGAGCUUCUAUGUGAGAUUCCUGCUGUCUCUUAUCCUAUUGGUGUGAGAUUGUCAAUUAAUGUUUGCCAACUCGGCAACAAGCUUCUUCGUGUAGAAUCGAUUUCCUACAGUGUUGAAGAAUCUUCUCUGUGGAAACCUUACAUUACCAUCUGGUCAUUAUGUGAGACAUAUGAUGCCAAUGGGAACUGGAGUCAACAAUGCAAAAUGAUUGGGAGAGGUGAUUUUAUUGGUGACUGGAUUGGGAGUACUAGUUCACUUUCUGAACCUCAUAUUCUCAACUAUGAUUCUCUUACAGAAACCAUAAAGGGGAAGAUUGAAAUAAAUUCUCAAUACAGUAGCACCCCAAGUUUAUCAAACUUAAAUGGUUUAAAUAGAGAAUGUCACAGUAAUGAUUUGGUGCUAAAAGGGCGAACUGUUUCAUCUUCAAUGGUUCUUACUGAAGAUUUUUAUGCACCAUAUGGCAUUGUUUGUGGCUUCUAUAGUGGUGAAAUAGAAGUGGUACAUUUUAAGAUGCUUUUUCAGGAACAUGAUCCUGUUGAGGGAAGUUCAUGCCACAAGGUGGAGACACGCGUAUCUAAACAAUUUCUGUCAGGGCACAGUGGUGCAGUACUAUGCUUGGCUGCAAAGCAUGUGGAUGGAGCUUCAAAUGAGCGGGGUUGCUCUAGAAUUUUACUUUCAGGAAGUAUGGACUGCACUAUUUGUAUAUGGGAUCUUGAUACGAGUAAUGUCAUCAUUGUAAUGCACCAUCAUGUAGCUCCAGUCCGACAACUGAUCCUGCCUCCACCCGGGACAAACCAUCCUUGGAGCAAUUGCUUUCUAUCUGUUGGGGAGGACUCCUGUGUUGCUCUUGCUUCGGUUGAAACAUUGAGGGUGGAGAGAAUGUUUCCUGGACACCCUAACUACCCUUCGUCUGUUGUAUGGGAUGGUGCAAGAGGCUAUAUAGCUUGUCUUUGCAAGAAUGAUUCUGGAAUAUCUGAUAGCAUUGAUGUUUUAUAUCUCUGGGAUGUAAAGACUGGUGCUCGAGAGCGAGUUAUUCGUGGUAUGGCUUCUCGUGCAGUGUUUGACCAUUUUUACAGAGCCAUUGGUGUAAAUUCCACUAUGGGCAAUCUGUUGACUGGAGCUACUUCAGUAUCCUCAUUGCAUCUUCCCAUAAUUGAAGAUGCAAGAUGCUCACUAUCACAUGUUAAGAAUAUUGAGAAGAGGGGCACCUCAGUGGAUACUGGUCAGAAGAUAUCAAUGGAUUUAACUGAUUCAAAUAUCUUACCAGCUUAUGGUAUUAAGGGAAAAGCUGCAAAACAAAUUUCAUCCCCAUUAGUCUUUCAAAACAAUAAACAUCCCAUUAAAUGCUAUUGUCCUUACCCUGGGAUUGCUACUCUGCGAUUUGACCUUUUGUCCUUAAUGUCUCCUUGUGAAGAGCACACACAGUUUUCAGAUAGUGAUGGCAAGCAAGAGAAUGCACGACCUGAAACAGCAAGCUCUCUCAAUGCAAAUCCAAAUGAUAUGACUGAUAUUGAAAAGACUUUAUGCAAUUCCAUAGAAGAACAUGCAUGGGUUAGAUCACUUGAAGGAUGUUUACUUCGCUUCAGUUUAUCUUUCUUGCACUUGUGGGGUAUAGAUGAUGAUCUAGAUAGAUUGCUAAUUUCUGGGAUGAAUAUUAGUAGACCAGAGAAUUUUGUUAUAGCUUCUGGUUUGCAGGGGGAUAGAGGAUCUGUUACAUUGACAUUCCCUGGUCUUGAUGCUGCUCUUGAGCUUUGGAGGUCAUCCUCAGAGUUUUGUGCAAUGCGAUCAUUAACCAUGGUGUCCCUUGCCCAGCGCAUGAUUAGCUUGUCUCGUUCCAGUUCAGCAGCCAGCAGUGCUUUGUCUGCUUUUUAUACACGGAACUUUGCUGAGAAGAUUCCUGAUAUAAAGCCACCUUUGCUUCAGUUGUUGGUUAGUUUCUGGCAAGAUGAAAGCGAACAUGUGCGUAUGGCUGCACGAUCUUUAUUCCACUGUGCUGCUUCACGAGCUAUUCCACUUCCCUUGUCUGCUCAGAAAGCAACUCAACAUGAAAUAUGCUAUACCCAUGAUACAUUGAGAAGCAGCUUUUUAGAUUCAGAGAGGAUAGAAAAAGAAGAGACUUCUCAGGUUGAGGAAUCCAGCAUCCUUGCAUGGCUGGAAUCAUUUGAAAUGCAAGAUUGGACUUCUUGUGUUGGGGGAACAAGCCAAGAUGGAAUGGCCUCUCAUAUUAUUGUUGCAGCUGCAUUGGUUGUUUGGUAUCCAAGCCUUGUGAAACCAAGACUGGCUACUUUGGUUGUUCAUCCUUUGAUUAAGUUGGUUAUGGCAAUGAAUGGAAAAUACAGUUCAACUGCAGCAGAGCUCUUGGCUGAAGGAAUGGAGGGCACAUGGAAGGUGUGCAUUGGUCCUGAAAUAUCCCGUUUGAUUGGGGAUAUAUUUUUCCAAGUAGAGUGUUUAACUGGUGUAUCUGCUAACCCAUCCAUACAAAAUCCAGCUUUAGCUGUUUCUAUUCAGGAGUCUUUGGUUGGUGUUCUUCUUCCGAGCUUAGCAAUCGCUGAUAUACCAGGGUUUUUAAAUGUAAUAGAAAGCCAGAUUUGGUCUACUGCCUCUGAUUCACCUGUUCAUUUAGCCUCUCUCCUGACUCUUAUUAGGGUUAUUCGUGGUUCUCCAAAAUCCUUGGCCCAGUACCUUGAUAAGGUGGUGAGCUUUAUUUUACGAACCAUGGACCCUGGGAACUCAAUCAUGUGUAAAGCUUGCCUCAAGAGCUCAAUGGCAGCAUUGAAGGAAGUUGUACGCAUGUUUCCAAUGGUGGCAUUGAAUGAGACAUUGACAAGGUUAGCUGUUGGGGAUGCAAUUGGACAUAUCAACAAUGUUACUAUUCGGGUAUAUGACAUGCAAAGUGUGACAAAGAUAAAGAUUUUGGAUGCAAGUGGACCUCCUGGACUCCCAAGCUUGCUUCCUGGAGCUUCAGAAACAUUGAUAACCACAGGGAUUUCUGCUCUGAGCUUUUCCCCUGAUGGAGAGUUACAGGGUCUAGUAGCUUUUUCUGAGAAUGGGUUGAUGAUUAGGUGGUGGUCACUGGGAUCUGCAUGGUGGGAGAAACUCAGCCGAAACUUAGUCCCUGUUCAAUGCACCAAAGUGAUAUUUGUACCUCCUUGGGAGGGGUUCUUGCCUAAUUCUUCUAGGUCAAGCAUAAUUGCAAACAUAAUGGGAAAUGUUAAACAGGUUAAUUCACAGGAUAAAAGAGGGGGGUUGAGUGAUAUAGAUAGUUUGAAGCUCUUGAUCCAUAACCUUGAUCUAUCUUACCGCUUAGAAUGGGUUGAUGCAAGGCAAGUGCGACUUGUGCGGCAUGGCCACAAUUUAGGUUCUUUCCACUUAUAGGCAUCCAGUUAUGCAGAUGGUGAAUUUGGUGAGUUGUUUGAAAUUUCCCUGGUUUCUGCAGUCUGCAAGUAAAAGUAGAAGUCCUCUUGAAAUGUAACAUCAUCACAUGUAAUCAUGCCUUGAGGUUUUUGUUCAAAGUUCCAGGCAUCAGUCUGCAAUCCUUGGUUUUGAAGAGGGAGAGUGUGAUGGAGAUCAUAAUGUUGCUUAUGCAUCUUUGGGAAGUUAAGGCAUGGGCUAUAAAUCUCAUAAUUAUAUAAUUUUGUUAGUUUUUUGUUUUCUUUAAUUUAUGGUUAGCAAGGGUAUUUUAGUUGUCUUUUUUGUGGUAUAAAUUAAGGAAUAUUUAAAGUUUCAUAGAAGUUAGGUGAAUAGUUAAACAUUAUUAGUCAUUUUCCUCUGAUUUUGGCUUGUAAGGGUGUUUAUAUAAUUUCAAUAAACAUUGUUGUGAGCCUUAUAUUUUUUAUA